AUGAUGCAGCAGAUUUUGAGGGACAUGUACAUCGAUCCGGACCUGCUGGCGGAGCUCAACGAGGAGCAGAAGCAUAUCCUAUUCUAUAAGAUCCGCCAGGAGCAGGUGAGGCGCUGGGAUGAGAGGGAGAACCAAGAGAACCAGGAGAACCCUGAGAACCAGGACCAGGGGAAGAAGGGCAGCAGGAGAAGUAUCCAGUGGCUGCAGGGCUGCGAUGGGGAUGUGUGGGUGUGGGUGAUGGGCGACGCUCCUGGGGAUAAGCCUUAUGAGGACAUCAUCAAGGAGCUGAUGGGGGAGAAAGCCAGACGGCAGGCUCAGCAGGAGGCCAAGGAGCUCUGGCGAACCAAAGAGGCUGAGAUUGAGGAGAAGUUCCGGGAUGCUAUGGCAAAGGAGAAGGCCCGUUUUGUGGCAGGGAAGUGGAAAGAAGAAACGGAGGACAGGAAGGCUGCCAAGCAGGAAGAGGAACACAUCCAGGAGGCUCUCAAGAAACGAGAGGAGGAGGAGAGACAGCAAGGUGAGGAGGAGAUAAAACGUGCAGAGGAGAAGAGAGCGAGGGAGCUGUAUAUCUCCCUGGAGCAGGAACAGAGAAGGAGUGAGAAGGAUGACAAGGAAUGGGAGGAGCAACUGCGGCGCUCUAAGAUGGCUGACCAGGAGAUGCAGAGAAAAGCAAGGCGGGCACGGGAUGAGUACAAGCGCCAGUCCCUGCGGGCUAUAGAGAAGGGCCGUGUGGCAGGGCUCAGUGGGCUGUUCCAGCAGGGCCCAAUGGUGGGGAACGGACCAACAGCAGCCCCCUUCAGGAGAUACAGCAAUGUGCUAGAGUCCUCCUCCUCCACCACCCACCGCCCCGGCCUCCAGCCUGCUGCUCCUCCACUGUAUCGCCGCAGACAGAGCCAAAGGCACAGCACCAUUGUUACACAGCCACUGAUGGACAGUCCUGCCUGGGUGAGAGCCCCCCGGCCCAGCUCCAGAGAGUGUGUUUUGCUGUGGUUCAAAGAAGAGCAGACGCCCAAACAGGCUGGCUAUGAGCGCAACAGCACCACCAUCGCUCCCUGGUUCCACGGUCUGAUUUCCAGACAGGAGUCAGAGACCUUGCUGAUGAACGCAGCAGAGGGCUCCUUCCUGGUGAGGGUGAGUGACAGGAUCUGGGGCUACACGCUGUCCUAUCGCACGGCCGACGGCUUCAAACACUUCCUGAUCGACGCAUCAGGAGACUACUACAGCUUCCUGGGUGUGGACCAGAACCGCCACGCCACCCUGGCUGACCUCAUCGACUUCCACAAGGAGGAGGUGAUCACCACAUCAGGAGGAGAGCUUCUGCAGGAGGCAUGUAAACGUACAGUCUCAGCCACGGACUAUGGGGGGCUCUUCCAAUGA